AUGUCUGAGGAGGAGCAGCCCCGGCGCUCGACACGAGCCAAUAGGGGCCAAAACCGCUUUGCGAGAUGGAAUUUAGAUACCGAAAUACCCGCCAAGCCAAUUAGGAAACGUAAAGCAGAGCCUGUGGAUGGCGUAUCCCAGACGCCCAAGCCUAAAUCGAAGAAAGCCGACAAAUCCUCUGGGGAGAUCAAAUGCCCGUGUGGACAAACUGAAUACGACGAGUCUGACGAUAAAAUUAUGGUCGAGUGUGAAAACUGUCUAACUUGGCAGCAUGUAGUAUGCAUCUUUGGCGUGAAUACCGAGACAGUGGUGCCCGAGCCCUAUCUGUGCUCAGACUGCCAGCCUCAAGAGGAGAGAAAGGACCCAGUUGUGGCAGAGAAUAAAAUUGAAGACAUUCAUGAUAAAGUUAGGCAGUCCGCCUGUAUGGCUCUACAAAGGAUCCUUACCCAAGAAGUUGUGCCCAAGGCAAUUGCAAACGGGGUAUUAGAGACAGACACUGACGUGAACGCCUUCUCAGAAACCAUGGCUAUCAAAUUAGAGAGUGCUUUAUACGAACACCAUGCUAACAAACCAGUUGGAAAGUCUAAAAAGGCGGUUGAUGUGGGAAACAAGUACCGUGAUCAUUUUCGAUCUCUUCAAUUCAACCUGAAAGGCAACAAGAAUGAGGAAUUGCAGAUGCGUAUCGCAUCUGGUGAGCUAACUCCUGAUGAGUGUGUGACUUUGACUGUUGAGCAGAUGAUGAAUCCGGAGCUACGAAAGCUGGCUGAAUCUGUCCGAAAAGAGGCUAUCCGUGAAACCGUUCUCAAGGUCGAAGAUGAAGACGCUCCACGAGUGAGAAAAACACACAAGGGCGAAGAGUUUGUAGGCGAUGAGCCAGAAUUGCCAGAGGCCCCUGCCAAGUCUGUGACGGCUCCUGUCAGCGAACAGCCUGCCGUCAAAGCUGCCACUGAAGCAAAAUACGAACAGACAAACUUUGACAUGACAUUCUCGCCCCCCGAAUAUGGCUUCUCCGAUGCUGAAGAUGCCCAAGAUGGCGAUCAGGAAGAGUCCAAUCAAACUGUACCCAGUAUAAUACCUGUAUGGGAUGGUAAAGUUAUAAUGUCGAGCAUUGCCGAAUUCCCGGCCACUGCCUUUCACCUUGGUGGUAAAGAUUUUGAUCCAGAGUUGUGGAGCUCAAUCGUUAAUGUUACGGAACCCCAGACUGUAAAUGGACGGGUCGACAGAUCAGUUGCAUUCAAGUACCUUGAAGUCAGCGCUAAGAAGCGCACCAUUGCCUCAUUCGCAAUAAUAUCUGACGAGGCAGCCCCGUGCCCAGAAUUCAGAAAGUUGUACGAAUACCACAAGUCAAGGGCCAAGGUCGGAGUACUACCCAACCGGUCAGCGAUUGCCAAGGAUGCUUACAUGGUGCCGAUCGAUAAAACCGAGGAGAUUCCGCACUUCUUGGUCCUGACAGAAGCACAAAAGACACAACUAAAUAACUGGCUCGACAAAUCCCCGGUGUUGUUGGGUGUGUUCGUCUUGCCGAAUGCCAAAGCUCUAGCAGCCGCCCACCAGAGAGCUUGA